CAUAUACACAUGAAAAGCUAGUACGUGGUGAAUCGUGUUUGACUGUUGUGCUGACAAGUGGCGUGUGUACACCGUGUAAAAAUACGUAAAUUCAGCAGCAUGUAUAUAGUAUGUACUCGUUGCUCCGCGUAUUUAUGAAGCAAAAUCCAAAGACGUGACAAAAAAAUUAUUCUUCGUGAUGUGGACAUUAAAGUUGCAAAUUAGAUAACGCGAAUAGUACGAAACGUGUAGUUUCGCAUUGAUAUUCGAUGAAUUUAGUACGCGAAAAAUAGAAUUGGAAGACAUACCCGGAAGGUUUUAUUUCGUGACUGUACAAACCCGUACAAAGUGCAUUCUUACGCUCAAGUUUUUUGACGGUGUUAAUCGGUUCUUUUGUUUUUUCUUUUUUUUUUCUCUUAUUUGUUAUUGUCUUUUUAACGUGAAAAGGCAAAAAUAAGCGAACCAAUGGCAUAUAGACCGUUACAGCAGGAAUACAUGCAAAUGCCCGUGGUAACACGGGCCUACACUACAGCCUGUGUCAUCACGACCAUCGCUGUCCAAUUAGAACUCGUUUCUGCGUUUCAACUCUACUUUAAUCCUAUUUUGAUAGUGAAACAGUAUCAGCUAUGGCGACUCAUCACAACGUUCCUCUACUUCGGGACAGUAGGCUUCAAUUUCUUCUUCAAUAUGAUAUUCACGUACAGAUACUGCAGGAUGUUGGAGGAAGGUCCAUUCCGUGGUAGAACUGCGGACUUUGUGAUGAUGUUCAUUUUUGGCGGAGUCUGCAUGAUUUUUUUUGCUUUCUUCGUGGAUCUAUUAUUUCUGGGACAUGCGUUCACUCUUAUGCUUGUUUACGUCUGGUCGAGGCGUACCCCGUUUGUGAGAAUGAACUUUUUUGGACUUCUCCACUUCCACGCGCCUCUCCUGCCAUGGGUACUUCUCGGUUUUUCUGUUCUCUUGGGCAAUGCGAUAUGGGUUGAUUUGAUAGGUAUGGCAGUCGGACACAUGUAUUAUUUCGCUGAAGACGUGUUUCCCCAUCAAAGAGGAGGAUUUCGAAUUCUCAGGACACCUCAAAUUCUGAAAACGCUGUUCGACGAGCACCCAGAAGAUACGGAUUACACGCCACUUCCCGAGGACAGGCCAGGACGUUUCGUGUUCGGCCAAGGCGCGGAUUUGCAGUGAAUGAAAAGAGCAGUCUCAAUUCACAAAAAGAAAAAUAAAUUCUGCGUUUCUCGUGCACGCGCGAGAGGAAGAGAAAAAGACAAAGCAGGAGGAGAAUGACUCUCCAACUGUUUCUCUGUCCGUUUAAUAAGUUUGUGCAUUUACAAAAUGCUUUAUUCCUUCCCGCUGUUGACAUCAAUUUCUCUUUUUUUUUUUUUUUAUUAUUGUGUGUGCUCUGACUCGCGUUUCGAGCUGUCCAAAGAGAUAAUUUACUAUAAUUCUUCAUCGGUCGACUGAUUCGGAUUGAAUUUCGUGAACUACGAAAACGCGAAAGAAUUCCAUUCGUCACUUCUUUAUACCUUAAAUCUUAUUUGUUUUUUCGUCUGAUUAACUUGCCCGAUCGUGUGACUAAAUACGCAAUGGACAAUGUGAGAACGAGCGAGUGUUUCGACAUGCGUAGCAGUGAAGAAUUUUCUAUCCACGAUAACAUGAGUAAAUAAGAAGAUGAAAAAACUCUCCGAAAUUCCAUUUCAUGCGGCAUUUCAACUCUCGCUCGUACCUGUACAAACAUAAUAUUACUGUUAACUAUUAUUAUUGUUUUCUUUGAUAUUACGGGAUUCCUUCGAUAGACGAGAGAAAAACCAAGCACAUACGGCAAGAACCGUGUGUUUUUGCGAGGCUGUACAAACUAAUAAUAAUACAGAAUAAAUUAUGGAAUAAACAAAAACGGGCAUUUUUUCCGUCGACGUAUUAGCGAUACGAGAACAAAAAAAAGACGUGUAAACUCUUAUUUUUUACUAGUGUAUAUUACCACAAAGCGGCAUUUGUUCGUCUUUAAAAUAUCGACGAAUCGAUUCACAAAAUCGUUGGUUGGGCUCUUCUCUCGAAACCGAUUUUUUUCCUCAACGCUCGUUACAAUCAUCGUUAUUUCGGGGAUACUGAGAUGCGUAACUACGUACAUAUAUAUAUGCAAUGAAACAUGAACUAUAAUACAAUGAUUGGGGAAGGGGUGGAGAACAAGGGGGGAGGAGCCUAUUAUACAUUCAGCAUCGUUUUUCUCUUCUGUCGCGUUCGUCACUCGUUUGUUACAUCGCAACUGUCGCUAACAGCACCGUUAUGUCAUCCGGUUUACCACCUAAAAGCAAAAACCAUUUAUUCAUAUGCGAAUUAUUACAAUGUUGUGCACAAAAUAGCAAGUGUUUUUCAACUGAUUAUUCGAAAAAUUGUUGACGAGUUAUUUACUUUUGUUUCGACUUGAAGGGAAAACACUUCGGAAUCGGUAAAAGAACGGGAAUUUUUAUAAAUUUUUAAAUAAAUUAAAGUUUGUUCAUAAAUUCAGGAAAUAUAAGAGUUUAUUGUUCUCAAGUAUUUUUAACGAUUAUUGCUCGUACAAAUUUGCCUUCGAAAACGACAACAUGAAACAAUGUCGUUGGAAAAUAAAUGACUGAGAACUGAA